AUAGUGUGUGUGUGUGUGUGUGUGUGUGUGUGUCCGCCCCCGCUGUAUUCUGGGUUCAGUCAGUAGAAUCUGAGCUUCAGUCUGAGAUCCUGCAGAAGCUCCUCGGACUCCGGGCCCAGAGGAGGAAAACACAGCGAUUGAGGAAGGAGCUGAACAUGAACCCCUGGUUGCUGCUGUUCUGUGUGGUGUUUUGUUGCUCAGCCUGCUGGGAAACAGUAAACACACACCUGCUGAUGGAGGACCCAAACAGCUUCAACCAGUCAUCCACCAGCAGCCUCACACAGAACCACACCAGCUCCCCCUCCAUCCUCAUCGUGGAGCUGUCAAACUCAUCAAAGAAGAGCAAGACAUCAGAGAAGAAGCAGAAAAAAAUGCAGAUGAAGCUGAAUGGGCAGGUGAAGCGACCCCUGCCCCCACCAAACUGCACCCCACUGUGGGGGAGCUGUAAGGACCCAAACUCAGUUUGCUGUGAACCCUGUGCCUUCUGCUCCUGCCGCCUCCUGCGUACCAUCUGCUACUGCCGCAUGGGAUACCCCCGCUGCUGAGAGCACACGUCUGCUGGUUUUAAAGUGGUGGUUAAUGUGAGCAACUGCAUUAGGUAGUCUUUUAUAGAGAUACUGUAUUUAUUAUGAAUACAUGUAUGAUAUUGUGUGGAAGUAGAAUGAGAGCUGAGGACUGAAUACUGUGGUGACAAGACCCAACAAGUUUGAGUGCAUAAUGAUGUACUUUUCUAAUUCAGUGCAGGAAAGAUAAACUCAAUAAUGUCAGUGAGACAUCCAAACACCUUAAAGGGCCUUUCACAAUGAGUUCAUUUUGUACAUAAAAACAUGAUACUUUUUUAAGGUAGUGAAAACUUCACUUCAACUCCGACCAUUUUGUGCCAUCUGUGCUCUGUAAACAGGGCAGACAAUCCACAGUCAUAUUUUUUUUUGUUUUUCUUUCUGCUUUGGCUAUUUUCCACUCUCUUUAAUUUCUCUCCUCCACACGAGUACUCCUCAGCGAGAAAUAAGCUGUAGUACGAACAGACUAGGACCCUCUUAGAGUAAUUUUAUAAAAUGACUUGUGUCUGUCACAUCCAUUCCACAGCUUCUCAGCUCUGCUCAGGAUUAUAUUUUUUUUAAAACUGCAGUUUUUUUCAGCAUGCUGAUCUGAAUAGAAGCAUUUCUCUGAUGCUGCCUUCAGGCUCAUUUGCUUGGUCCACAGCUAUACAUAUGAAGCUCUGAUUAAUCAGCCUGAUUUUAAAGCAUCCAGUAAUGCAGAGAUGGCUGAUUAGAAAUGUAUGCAGCAUUGCAAUCUGUCAGAUUCAGACUCUAUCUUUAAUCAUUAAUACACACUAAUACACACAAACAAAACUUCUCGUGUCAAGUUAAGACCAGGUGCACAUCACUCAAAAAACAGGCACCCAGACCUGUUUAUUUCCCCCACAGCA